ACCCCAACGGUUACUUUCGCCGCGAAAUGCUUUCUACCCCAUCCAACGCCGCGCUCUACCCACUCCUCUGUUUCCACGCCACCACUGUACACCUCCCAAAAUUCUAGAGCGAAGAGCGAGACCUCACCAAGGAUCAAGCAAUCAGCAUGAGUAGCGCGGCCGGGGAGAACGCCGGAGGCGGCGGCGGCGCCGCGGCGCCAGUGGUGGUGGUGGAGCGCGUGGUGACGGUGGAGUACCUGGAGCAGUCCAUGUCGCGGGAGCUGCUGGGCAAGUUCCCGGACUCCUCCGCCUUCGACUUCGACUACUCCCAGAGCGGCAUCUGGUCCCCGCUCAACAAGGUCCCGCGCGGCUCGCCGGCCCCAGCCUCCCGUGCCGCCGCGGCCUGUGCGGGCGAGGCCGAGGGCGCCUCCUCCUCGACCGACUUCCUCGUCGCCAACCCGAAGCGCAGGGCGAGGGCUGGCGGCUGCUGGCUCAAGGACUCGGCCGCCGGCGGGAAGUCCAGGAGGCGGCGCCGGCGGCUGAGGCGCGACAGGUCCUUCCUCGACCUCCACGAGACGGGCAGGGCCAGUCUGGACUUCUCGCCGCCGGCGCCUUCCCCUGCGAAGGAGGGCUGGAGGCGGGUGCUCAAGGCGGCCAUCAGGAAGUUCAAGGGGCGGCAGCGGCGGUCCCGGCAGGCUCCCCUGCUCCAGAUGAUGCUCCCCAUGGUGUGAUCGAUCGAUCUCGCGCGAUCCCACGAUUUGCUUAUAUUUGUUUGGGUCUAAUUCUUUAGAUUGAUUUUGGAUGCUAUUCCACGCGGGCACGCCCUGCUUUCAAGUGCAAUUGAGUUCCAAUUUGUUGCAAUCGUGUAAUUGAGUUCAAAUUUGUUGCGAUCAUACUGGAGAGUAUGAUUUAGUACAUUUUCUCGUUCAGUUUCCGAGUCUUCCUUUUUCCACCAUGACGGCAAUUAUCACUUGAAGUCUCAUGUCAGUUCAUUCUUGUUGAUCAUUUAAUGUUAGUCUUCUUUGCCA